AUGAAGCCCAUAAAGCAUAAUCAAUCUCAGACGUCUGCACUGCUGCAGCGGUUGUGUGCGCGAUGUCAAACGGGGACAGGGUGGUUUUAGCGCUCGGUGGAGCAGGAACUGUCGGCUCCGGGAUAGUGAAAGCUCUCCUGGACAGAGGUUUCAAGGUUGCGGUGAUCUCCAGAGACAGCAGCAAGUUGGAGAAACUCAAGGGGUUUGUUUCGCCUAGCACAAAAAGUAACCUGACCACUUUAGUGGGGAAUGUUGGCUCAGAAGAAGGAGUAGAGGAGGUGAAACAGGCCUUGCUCAAGUCUGUGGGUAAGAUCACAGAUGUGGUGUCCUCUCUGGGCUUCAGCUGGUGGCAGGGAGGUCCACCUCACACCCAACCCCUCAAAGAAUUGCACUGGGUUAUUGAGACUCUGCUUUUCAGCACCUUUGUGUCUUGGAAAGCGUUCUUUCCCCUGGUGAGAGAUGAUCCUAACUGCACCUACACGUUCAUCACAGGAGGAGCUGGAGAGAAGUUGCUCAUGCCGGGCACAGGGUUCCUGACCGUAGGGGCAGCCAGCUCUCUGGCCUUCUGUCAGGUUCUGCGUGAGGAGUACCCAGAGUUGCCAUGCAAACUCAACCAGGUGAAAAUCAAUACGGGUGUGGCGGCCCCAGACCGAAUGGCCCCCGGGUACCUGAACCACUUGGAUUUAGGGGAAGCCGUGGCUACGCUGAUAGAGCGCCGCAACACGUCCCACACCGUCUUCCCCGUGAGCUGUCCUGCUGAUCUAAAAACUGUUAUCUUGGAGGGCAAUCUGUAAGCAAGGCCCAUCGGAUUUUCCUCUGUAUUCACUUUUUCCUGUUAGUAUGCGUGUAUUGUUUUAUUGCAUGUCAACAAAACAUCUCUGUAUUGAAAAUCCCCAGCUUUGUCAUAGUACAGUCAUAGCCUUGAAAUGCUCAUUGUGCUCAAAACAAAUCAAUAUAAUAACCAAUGGAAUGGCACAGAUGCUUUGGAGUGCAGCUGAGCGUAAACGCAGCCCCAGAUAUGUAAGCUUGACAUUGAAGAAGAGAGACACGUGUGAGAACGGAUGUAAAAACAAACUUGGUCUUUUCUGCGGUUAGAGAAAGGGAAAAAACAUGGCAGGUUGUUGGCACACUUGCAGCCCCGUAGCGUGACUCCCUGCCCUCGUUCACUCAAAACUUAUCAGGCUGUUGCUUCCACGGCUCCAAUUAUUCCCAGCCGUGUGGCCCAUAAUAAGCGUGUGAAGGGGGCAAGGGGUUUAGAUAUGGCUGGCCUUCAAACUGGAGGACAUUGUUGUCUUUGUCUGCUGUUAUCAUGAUAUUUGCAUAAACGCUUUAGCGAUAUGAAUGUAAAUUUGCUAUUAAAAGAAUCUGGAUUCAGUGAAGAAAGGAAAAGGGGUGAGAAGGCUGUGGUUAUGCUUUGCAUUAGCUUAUUAAAGAGAUAGUUUGCUUAAAAUGUAACAUUUUUCACCUUCAUGUCAUUCCAAACACGCAUGACUUACAUUCUUCUGUGGAACAAAAAAGAAUAUUAUUCUUGAAGAAGGAAAACCUUAUAGGUUGGGAAUGACAUGAGGGUGGGCAAACUAUCCCUUCAAAUCUGAAGUACAGACCAAAAAUUCUGUUCACACCACCAAAAUAUAGUCUCUGUUACUCGGUUUAGUACUUGUCUGAAUGAAAACAAUUCAUGGGCGCAUUUAUAUUGUGUGUCUGAGGAAGUUAAAAUAAUAAUAAUAAAAAAAAAGAGAAAAUC